UUUAUAAGCAAACACAGGGCUGCAACAGAUAAGAGUUCCACGCACCAAGGCAAGGAGCUGCAAACUCACCAGCCACCUCUGGGCCAGAGAAGAAAACCGAAGCCACAAUGGGGAGGCAAAAGGAAGUUCUUGCAAGAAUUGGGGAGAUGCUGCGCAUCAGAAACAAACUGGUGAGGCAGGCACUGGCCGAGUGCCUGGGAACACUGAUCUUGGUGAUGUUUGGCUGUGGCUCCGUUGCUCAGAUCGUGCUCAGCAGAGGAACUCAUGGAGGCUUCUUGACUGUCAACCUGGCCUUUGGCUUUGCUGUGACACUCGGCAUCCUGAUCGCAGGGCAAAUCUCAGGUGGCCACUUGAACCCUGCGGUGACCUUUGCGAUGUGCCUCAUGGCCCGGGAGCCCUGGAUUAAGUUGCCUAUUUACAUUCUCGCACAAACCAUUGGUGCUUUCCUCGGAGCAGGCAUCGUCUUUGGCUUGUACUACGAUGCCAUAUGGGCCUUUGGCAACAACCAGUUGUUUGUAGUGGGGCAGAACGGCACCGCCGGCAUUUUCGCCACCUACCCGUCUGAGCAUCUGGACGUACUCAACGGAUUCUUUGACCAGUUCAUCGGCACAGCAUCCUUGAUCGUUUGUGUUUUGGCCAUCGUGGAUCCCUACAACAACCCUAUCCCCCGUGGCCUCGAGGCUUUCACCGUUGGCUUUGUCGUCCUGGUGAUUGGGACAUCCAUGGGCUUCAACUCUGGAUACGCCGUCAACCCAGCCAGGGACUUCGGGCCUCGUCUAUUCACCUCCAUUGCCGGCUGGGGCUCGGAAGUGUUCACAACGGGCAAGCAAUGGUGGUGGGUCCCUGUCGUGUCCCCUUUCCUCGGGUCAGUUGCUGGGGUCUUGGUUUACCAGUUGAUGAUUGGAUGCCACGAUGAACCGUCUCCACCCUCCACCGAGCAGGAAAAUGUCCGGCUGGCCAACGUGAAGCAAAAGGAAAGGGUCUGAGAAGGCUGGCACCCGCAGCCGGCAGAUAUGGACACUUUUCAGAGGACUGCCGGAACCCAAGAAGAGAAGGCGAAGGAGGAAAAAGAUUUAAGAACAAGAGACUCAAAUACUUGAGAUUGUCUGUCCUAGCUUCUUUGUACACCCUGAUGCGUUUGCUUUAGAAAUCUACCCACCCAAAAGCACCAGAUAGUCUCAUUUUGGUUAAGGGGGCUUGGCAGUGCAGCCAAGUGGUUAGAGUGCAGACCUGACUCAGGCUUCUCCAUCGGCAGGGAGGGGAUGAUGAGACCUCCUCACACGCCCCUUUAUAAAGGGCUGUGAGAGCAACGAACAAAAAAAACUCUACCUGCCAGGGAGAAGUGGUCGGCUGUUGAAUUUAUUCCUGGUGUAAGUCGCCUGAGGGCAAUGGGGUUACAGUAGGGAUGACUGUGGCCUAUUCAAUCUGCUGUGCAUGCCAUUAACAGCAUGGCAUGACGAGCCAUACGAAGCAGACUUAGACUAGUUUUCGAGUCAUGAUCGAGAGAAAGCAACAAUGCACUCGACUUUAGUUUUGUGUUAGGCCAAAACCUUUCCAAGCCCACUUGACCUGGCUUUUCGAUCCUCGCCCUUCUCUAUUCACUGUCACUGAAGUCAAUAUUUAGGAAAACCCUGAUCCUCCAAAAGCUUGCUUGGGAAAGCUAAAUGCUUUAGUGAUUCUUCAUCCUUACAGAGGCUUAUCUGGGAUUCCGAGCUUUGUAUAUAUCCCGCAAGCAGCACGGCUCAUGGUCGUGUUUGAUUGAGAACAUGGUGCUUGACUCUUGGCAAGGUUGUGUUUGUUCAUGUAAAUGUCACAUUAGCUUGAUGUAUAUAACACCAGGGUGGAGGUAAUUCCAGGGUGACAUAAGGGAGCUGUCUGCUACUUUCCAACAGUAUCAUUCAUUCUCUUGCAUUUUCAAAGUUCAGCCAUGUUGGCGGAGAACUGCCAACACCCACGUCAUUAGAACUGCGUUGAUACCCAUAGAGCAUCUUAGUUCCAUGUUAUUAGAGUAUCUCCAGUCCUCCUGGUAUCAUGGCUUAGAUCAGCUUUGAUACCCCUAAUACCAUCUUGGCGGAGAAUCUCCAGCUCCCAUCAUGCCCCGCUAUUGGUUCGUCUUGGCUACCAGUGAUGUCAUGUUAUCAAAGAAUCUCUGGCUCCCUUCAGCACCGUAUUUAGAGACCCCUUUGAUACCUGUCUCUUUAACACGUCAGUUCCAUAGGUCUGUUUCUCCUAUCCAGUGCGUCUUUACAAUCAGUAAAACUUUAUAUCCUUUUGUGCUUUGCGUGUGCGUGUCACUGCCGAGAUCGUAAAACGGCUGUUUCCGUUGUUUAAAAAAUGUUGUUUGUUUUUCAACCGUUUCCCGUAAACGUUGACACUCGGAAAGUCAGCUGUGACCAAACUCGGCCUGUAAAGUUCUCUCAGCCCUUUUCACCGUUGGGGACUUUGUAAAAGAAAAGGGAAAUCUAACUUUAUUGGGCAAAAUAGCUAUAUUCCCUUCUCCCACAUGAAUUGUACUUGGUGAUGCUAUGCAAAGAUAAGGAGUAUGGAAGGGACCUAGUGCAGACUUAAAAUCUUGUGAUUAUGAAAAGCAAGAAGCCAGCCCUGUAGCAUUGAAAAUUGGUUCAGAGGUUUGCUGGACGACAUGGCAAAGCACAGAGGAGUUGAACCAUGCAGGCUUUGACCACCUUUUACAAAUUAAGAGCAUCAUCUGAGGAUGUGUCACCAUAUUCUUGUUUAUAUCCAAGGAACCAUUCAAGUAGAGGAAAUAAACAGAGCUUGCUUUGAAUCUCAGCUCAUUUCAGACUGAUCUGGAAGGAAUUAACCUUAUUCUAGGUUCAUGUGCAGAUUUCAGGGAUGUCUUCUCUGUAUGGUAGAGAGUAUUGAAGUCUACAUAAAAUCUUAGUACAAGGUUUAGAACUGAUAUUAAGCUCCAGAGGGAAAAGGAAGUGUCAUGUUAUGUACAGAUGGCACCUUCAGCAGCAGCUGGUUUUCCUAUCAAGUGGUAGUCCUGUUUGCAUUCAUGUUAUGUACCUGGGGAAAAAUGGUUGUGAUAGCUAUUCUAUUCGUUCGUGCAUUGUUAAAAAUGGAGUCCUCCUUCCUUCUUCCGUGCUCAACUGUCCAAACAAUGAGUAUUUUUGGAGAUACCUCUUCACCACAUUGUUCAACUGUAAAUGUCCUCAAGCUUUUGUAAUAAAUUUAUUUUGAAAUAAAAA